CUAUUUUCCUCCUUCAUUAAUUUACAAAGGACAAAAUGAGUCGACGUCCAGGUCUAACGAGAACUGAACAACUUCGUCAAGCCAAAACUGCCAGAGAGCUGCAAGAAAGAGCUGCAAGACUUCCACCACCAGAACCAUUAAAAGUACGCAAACGGCAUGUUAGGCCUGAACCAAAAAAAUUGGACUUCACUAGACCAGGAAUGACUAAAGCAAUGUUAGCUAGACUAAAACAAGCUGAAAAAUUUAAACAAGAAUAUGAACGUAAGCAAGAAGUUCAAUUACCUAGGAGAACACCUGCACCAAUAGGAGGUGAUCCCAGAUUUGGUAGGGAAAGAGUACCACCAAGACGUCCUCCACGCGCACCUCCGGCUGUAACUCCACGACCUCCGGCUGUAACUCCACGACCUCCAAGUCCAGUUGCUGGACCUAGUGUGCCACGUGUACCUUCUCCUCCCAGAAGACCUGUUACUCCAAAGAAACCUAUACCUAAAAAAACCACUGAUUUAGCUAAAAUGAUGAAUGCUGAUGUAAUUCAAGCUGAACCAGUUGGUGAUGGAGUAAUAAAUAAUAUUGUAAUACCUCCUGGAGCAGUAAGUGAAGAACGUACUACCAUUAUUAGUGUAGCACAACCACCUGUAGAAGAAACACAAAUAUCAGAAGCAGCUAGUCGUUCAAUUCAAGUGAUCAGUGAAACUCUUAAUGAGCAAGAUGCUGCAGAAUCUGCAGCAGUUCAAAGUAAAUUAGCAGAUUUGCAACAAGCUAGGAGAGAUUUUGUUAUUGCGGCUGCAAAUGUUGGUGCUAGUGCUUUCGCUCUUGAAGAUAUCACUCCUCCUGAAUUAUUUGAUGUCACUCCUCCUCCAUCUAUUGCUGCUCCUGAAAUUGUUGCUCCAAGACGAUAUGUUCGAGUUCCUGAAUUACAUGAAGAAUUUUUACAACCUGAAUAUGGUAUGGAUCAUCCAGAUAUUAUUGCCGCUCGUGAACAUAUGAGAAAAGUUAAAGCUGAGAUACAAGCAAGAGAAGCAGCUAAAAGAAUAGAAGAAGAAUUUGAAAGACUUGAAAGAUUACAAGCAGCUGCAGAACAACCAGAAGAAGUACCAAUAGAGGUACCUUUACCAGUACCUUUAGAAGAAGAUAUAGCUUGGGAAGAACGAGAAGGCAUAAGAAUAAAAGCUCAUAUUCCUCCACCUCCUAAAAUACCAGAAACUUAUCAAUAUGAACCCUUUGAUCCUGAACAAUUAGAAAGAUUUUUUGAUAUUGAAACUUAUCCACCUUGUGAACCAUGUGGACCACCACCAGGUAGAGAACAUUUACCUCCUGAUUUGUGGGAAUUAGAAGAUCCAUGGUAUAAACCACCUCCAGAAGAUGAACCAGAUUUAAUGGAAUUUUCAGAUUUAAUAAAAUUUUGAGUAAUCAAAAAUUCAUUACAUUUAGAAAUACAUUUCUAAAGUUUACUAUAUAUAUUUUUUUAUUUUAAUUU